AUGUCCACCGAGCCACCGCGAUCACCCGAUACCGUCUCGAGCUCCUCGACCCUGCGCGGAGACCACAGAGAAAGGCACAGGGAUAGGAUACACCGCGACCAUCCUGAUGGCAGCCUGGAGCGCAAGUGCACCGUCACCAUCAACGAGUCCUUCGCCCGCGAUGAGAUCCUUGUCAACCUCGACCUGUUCGGCAGCCACAUCAGGCCUGGCUCGCUGGUGUCGAUCGACAUUCUGAAGCCUGAGUUCUCCAAGCAGCUAUCAACAACGGCCAAGAGACUGGUCUCUCAGGAUGCGGGCAAGAACGUCGCGAGCGAACCCGGCCAGCCGUCCAAGCGAUACAUCUUCGUGGUCAAGGAUAUGCCAAGAGAGCUGAAGGCCAGGUACCCUCACGUCGAGCUAUACGUUGCAAAACAGAUCGCCGAUGUCUUCGGCAUCAAGAAGGGCUCGCAGGUCAUCCUGGCUCCUGUCGACGAGAACAACCCGGCAACCGAGGCUUCCCACGUCGAGUUGACAUUCAAGGACCAGUACUUGUCGCGCGCAGACAUGUGGAGAAUCACUGUUGGAGAGCUCGCUGGCCGCACCGUCUACAAGGGCCAGAUGAUGCUGUUCAUGGGAACUGUCAAGGCCCAGAUCUCGGCUGUCUUCGUCGACGGACGAAAGGUCCACUCGGCCUUCUUUGGGAAGAAUACAAAGCCCAUCUUCCGCAGUGAAUCUGGCCGAUACGUGAUAUUCAUUCAGAUGGCCAAGGAAAUGUGGGACUUCGACCCAGACGACUCUGGUGAGAUCAUGUUUAACAAGGUCGUGAACGGAUUCUUGCCCGCCCUGCUCAAGAAAUGGGCCGAUCUCAACGUCAAGCACCUCGUCACUAUAGUGUUAUUCGCGCGUGUCGAGUACGAUACCGGCAUCACCGCCGAGCUGGGCAACGCUACCUUCCACAAUGACUACUACACAGGCGUUCAGGAAUGCGGUGACAGAAGGCCUUACAAGGACUUUUACCGGGUCGUAGUAAGCGAGAUGGCUAGUGGCGAGUGGACCAAAAUACUCUACCAGCUGAAGAAGGAAUUCAACCACUUCCGCAGGGACAUUAGCAUACACCACCUGAGCGCCCUCAGCUCGGCCCCUAGUCUCGCUGAAGAACCAGGCGGGAAGGGUCCUUCGACCCGCAUCAAGGCCGAAGCAUCAAGAGCUUUAUAUGGGAACGUCCUUGAAGCCAUCAAUCUCGCUUCCUCUUUGAGGACUGGAAUCUCCAUUGUUGUGAUAUCCCCGGGCCCAGGUAUUUUCGAGGUCGAGUACGAGACCUUGAGACGUACAACAGAGGCACUUGUCGGCAAUGGGAUUGGUAUUGAUCUCAUUUGCUGGCUGCAUGUGUCGUACUGGACGGGCAACUCGGACGAUGCCUUGUCCUUUGAAGGCAUUGCUCUGUCCGUGGCAGACCAGUCCAAGCACUCUCAGGACCACUUCCCUAUCCGAUGCCGCAUCGACCCAUUCUUCCCACAGAGCAUUUUACAGGGCAAUGCUGCACAGCAGACUCGGCUCCGUGAGUUGCAAGAGCUCGCUGUUCUACCGGCUGAGAAGGUCCAUGACCCAUUGCAUGAUUACGUUUACGGGUUCCAGAAGUUUGUACCCGACAAACACACCAAACCAGGGGAAAAGUCUCUGUGGAAGCAAUUGCAAGAAUUUGACGAGGCUAGAGCGAAGGUUGUGGCAAAACGGCGGCAACGCCGGGCACCAAGGUUUGCCAGAGAACUGGAAGAAGGAGCAAGGAGGCAUCAUCAAGAGGACACAGGGUUGCUCGGGCCCAAGGAGAUUCCUCGAAGCGUUGCUUUUGAACCGACCAAGGACAGCCGCGCGCAGACACCCAGUCGUCCGAUGCUGAUUAAAAACACGUUGCCAUCCCAGGAUUUCUUGCCGCGGACAUUCGUGAACGAGUCGCUCAUCUCCACCCUCAGGCCAUCGAACUUCCUUCGCGACGACAACCCUGAGCUGAAGCUUUCGAAUCUCCUGAGGAAGAAGGAAAGGACCGAAGAUGUUGAGGAUGCUGCCCAGAUCAACAAGCUGCUCGCAGGUGAUGUGCCGGAACUGCCUGCCAUGCUCUCGCCUAAGACUGCCAUGUCGCCCUGGUUGACAAUGAUCAAUCCUUCAAAUCCAGAAACGGACAAGGUUGACAUGGCCCGACUGUACAGCCGAUGGCAGCACGUUUUUGUUCGCCCUUCGGAGAUGAGGGUUAUGAAGUGGAAGUCACUAUGCUCCCCAGCGGCAGUGCCUCUGACAACGGAAUACUUCCCAACCAAGGAGCAAUUCGAUCGUGAAUACCAGCGCCAACCAUACAACAUCGCUCAGGACUUCGACGAUGAAGAAGUCGCUGAGGAACCAAGAAGUCGAGAAGAGUUCCUUCGAGAGCUCAUCAGCCUGCGAUUCUCGCAAGGUUUCCAGGUCGUCAUCGGACCCGCUGUGGCCAAAGCGUUCGGUCAGAAGCACGUCAAGAUUGGGGACGUGUUCUCGAGGGACCGCGAGAUAGAGGAUGGAACGAGCGUCUUUAUGACGGUAGGCAAUACGAUUCACGAGCUGUCAUGUGUCAACGAGACGGAGGUGGAGGUCACCAUUUACGUGCGCAAGCCGACCGAGCCCACUAAACACGUUGAUGGCUUUGCUGCAAUGUACCGGCCGGCGAUCCGGACACUGUUGGAUCGGGAUUACCAAACAGCUGAGAUUGACAUAACUACACCAAAGAUGGAGCGGAACUGGAACUACAUCGACUCUUUCAUAGCCGGGCACUAUGACGAGAUGUCUGAGAGUCUGAGGUUCUGGCGAGCUCGAUAUGUCUUGAUACCCACUACCUCUUCAAAGGACAUGUCCAACCCUCAGUAUGCGGACAACGAAGAAGAGGUACGCCUGGAAGGGAUCCGGUACCUUGCUCAGCAGUGGUUGAGGCACAGAUACGUCCCGCCAGGCGAGCGCCGCUUUCAGCCUCAGGGCCCUCGAAAUCGAAAAGAUCCAAAUCCGCUUGAUAUCGUUUACAAGACUGAAGACCCCUCGGUUGUGAUCGCCGCGGAGCUCGAGACAUUACCGCUGCUUGAAAGCAUGGAACCUGGAAACAGGAAAGGACAUCUUGUCGUUACGAACCGAGAGCAGUUCAAGAAAUCGAACUUCAGCGUAGCAGCUCUAGCUGAAGCUAUGCAGAAGCCAGUGGAAGAGGGUGGUGUCAGGCUUCAGAAUCGCCGAUGGCAUUUCCGCCUGCAUUACAACUGCUUCAUCGGAUCUGAUAUGACCAACUGGCUGCUUGACAACUUCGAGGAUCUCGAGAGCCGAGAGGAGGCCGAAGCAUUAGGCGACAGUCUGAUGGUGGAUAAGAGCAGAGAGGAAGAGAAAGAUGGGUCAAAGGAGCCCGGCCUGUUCGUCCACGUCGAAAAGCGGCAUACCUUCCGAGACGGGCAGUACUUCUACCAAAUCAGUAAUGAAUACGCCAAGCCGCACCCGCCCAGCUGGUUCAACAGUGCGAGGCGGAACCUUGCAUCUGUUCCGAGGCGACCAAGGGUUGCUUUGAGCAAAAUCAUGAAGUACGAUGUGGACCCCAGGAAACGAUCGUAUCGGCCUGAAAGAAUCGACGUGCACUAUGACCGCCUACAUAACCCGGAUAACUGCUACCACAUCCGGAUCGAGUGGAUGAACACGACAGCGAAGUUGAUUGAAGAUGCCGUGGAGCAGUGGACCCGCGACAUGGCGAGGUUCGGCCUGCGGCUAGUCGAAGUCCCCAUCGCGGAGGCCUGCACGAUCAGCGAGACAAACCCAUUCCGCAGGCCAUACAUUGUCAAGCUGGCGGUGCCAACCCCAAACCAGCAGCCCAUCACGUAUUACGACCCGACAUCCUUUACACCGCAGGCAAAGAUGGAAGAUCACUUCUACCAAAAGGCGAUCCUGAGGAAGUUCGAUUUCGUGCUCGACAUGGAGGCGGCGUCCAACUUCCCGAGCAACGUCGAGGUGACCUUCUCGUGGGGCAAGCCCGACUUCAGGUACACGCAGUACAUCCACCGGUCGGGCACGGUGAUCGCGCAGAUCAACGAGGAGGGCCACUUCCUGAUGGUCGCCAACCGCAUGUACACCAACCGGGCGGCCAUGGCGGCGCGCGAGCGCGAGCUGCGCAGCGAGCAGCAGGCGUCCAUCGACCGCGUCGGCAACGGGGCCGGGUCGGUGCGCGGCCCGCUGGGCGGCGCGUUCACGCCCAUGGGGCUGGCGGGCGCGACGCCGACGUCGUCGCCCAUGAUCCGGCCGGUCGGCGCGUUCAGCAGCCCCGUGAUCAGGGCGGCGAGCACGGCGUCCAACGUGGACCAGCCGUUCGCGGUGCCGCCGCCGACGUCCGCCGCGGCAGCGGCAGCGGCAGCGGCAGCGGCAGCCUCAGCCUCGCGGGGUGGCGGCGGCGGCGGCGGCGGCGGGUUCGGCCUGGCCACGGCGAACGUGACGGCGUCGAUAGGGUACGAGCCGUCGGGCGUCAAGGCCGAGUUCGAGCGGUUCUGCGGCGACGCGGCCGGGCUCGAGGCCUUCUACCGCGAGGUCCUGGAGCAGCAGCACCACCACCACCACGCCCACCCCGGCGGCCUGCACACGGGCGGUGGUGGCCUCGGCAGCAGCCGGCUGCGGCCGACGACCCACGCCUCGUCGUCGUCGGCGUCGGCGUCGGCGUUGAUGGUCACGCCCGGGAUGGGCCCUGUCGUGGCCGACAGCAACAUCCCGACGCUGGGUCUGCCGCCCGCCGUGCUCGCCGCGCAGCAGCAGGCCUCCGAGGACGGGGCCGGGGCCGCUGGCGGGCCGGGGAGUCCCAGCUCUGUGGCCGGGCCGCGGACGAGCAGCCCUGGUAGCAUCAUGGGGGCUGCCAGCCACCUGCUGAGGAGGGGCAGCGUGCAGUAUGGCUGAUGGAACUCAGGCGUUUCGGGAUGAGCCGUGUUUACAUUUUAGGGUUUGUGUCACACUGGCGGUGGACGAUGUGGGUUGGUCGUAUAUUCUAAUCUACCCUAGACAGUCGCAGAUAAAUGUCUCCCAUCACAGGAUUCUUGGCGUUGCCUUCCAUCACGCGUGAUUGUGAUGAACUGACGCCCACCCGUUCCGACUCAUUUUCGCCAUGCGGUGGGAAACCUGUGCGAGGAAGGGCGAGCGAGCUGUGAAACCUUUGCGGCUUCAUCAGGCGUCGGGGGAUGGAGGCCGCCGGAAAUGCGCGGGUGAUGAUCCGGGGAUCGGUGACGGAUUGACAGUGACCAGGUGACAGGUGGCGGCGGGCAGGCCUUUGUGCUGAUGCUGAAUAAUGUGGGUGUCUUAUUAGGACUUACUAUACUAAUGGAGACGUGUGAUAUCAAGCCGGGCAUUGAAACCAUUUGUGUGUGUGUGUGACGAGCCACAGCCCAAGACCCGUUGUUGUAGGGGAUGUCUCGGCCUGGUUGGUUGUGGUUCCUUCCUACACAUUAGGAGGAUGACCGCGGAACUUGGGCUUGUAGUUGUGUGUUGGCAGUGAGUGAGUGGUGCGAUUCUGUCCUGUUCCCCAUAUCGGGCUACCAAUUGAGGUCAGAUUCCUAAUAUGUAAGCCAAUCAAACGUGGGCAACUAGUACGUAGGGCGGGAUUGGGAUGCGCAGGAUGAGGGCGGAUCUGGGUGUAGUCUAGACGGUGGGAGACAAUGCCAAUGAGGCCGCAAACGAUGAGGCCUCCCGGGUGUCACUAUCUAAUCUGAUGCCCGUUCUCUGCAGCACCGUCGAACAUUUUGCGACACGUCGGAUGGGCAGAUCGGAUAGUCAGCGUAUGCGUGCUGGUUGUCAUUCACGUCUGUACACACACAAGCUUUUUGCCAGCGUUGUGCUAGUCUUGCACGAAACUUUAAUCGGGUUUCUUCCCGCAAGCUUGGUGGAGUUACGUGUGUGGCUGAUUGCUGACGCUGCGGGCUGCGGGCCUGACAGGUGGUCGGGUGGCUGAAUGUGCAGGUACAUACGUAAAUGCAGGGGUUUUGUUUUGGCUCGGGGCUGCGGUUGUUUCGUGGCGACGGGCCCUGGCGUUGUUCUGACUUGUAAUCGUCGACUCUGUAGGUUCGGGUGGUACAGAAGCAUCGCAUUAAGCUGCUGACCGCCCAUCCCAUGUUUUAAUGUCAUCGAUGUGGCGCGACGGCGACGACGACAGGUGGCUGUUGUGCUGUGCUGGCCAAAGAAUCGACUGAUCGUCGAAUCGCAUGCCGGGGAGCGACAAGCGGGGCCUUUGGCUUUGGUAGCAGCCCGAGUCGUGCCCGCCUCGGAGUCCCUCAGUCCCAGAUCUUGUUGUGUGCCUGCCAAGCUGGCCAAGCAAGAUUUCCAAGAGGUUGAGAACAGGCCCAAGACGGCCAAGCAGGCCAAGCAACAGAUCAAGCUUCUGGCCUAAGACACCAAGACCUCCCAAGACAGCCCGGCUCACUCGCGAAAAGCUUGACCAAGACCUUGCGGCUGCGCUGGAGGAACGACGGCGACGACGACAACGCUUGACGCCGUCGUCAAUCGGCCCCAUCGGCGGUGGAUCUCACACUCACCGUCCCCCACGACGAUGAUGGCUGAUGCAGCCGACUAGGGCAUCGAUAGUGGCAGCAGUGGAAGCAGGGAAACGGGGCCCGGUGGUGGCUAGCAGAGUCGCUUUUGUGGCUGUCGCGAUGGCCGGUCAUUGGCAGAGCAACCAGAGCAACGUCAUCUUGGUGCCCUAGCGUCGCGGUGUUGUCGUUGACGGGAGGACGUGAGACUCGGAAUGCUCUCAAGGCGACGGCGGACUGGACUAGACUGGACUUAUUAUUCUUUAUUAUUCCUUGGAAUAGCGGCAUAUGGGAAAGUCGAUGAUGGUUGCUGCGAAAGUGAGAUGCAAAAUUACGUCGCAUGCGCGCACGGUAGGUAAUUUUCCGGCCAGGGGUGCAGGGGAGGAAAGAGCUUCUCGUUCUCUCUGACCUUCCUUCUCACCUCGGACUGUGCCUGCACUGCAACAUCUAAUAGUACUAGUGGCUCGCACUCUGUGCAGCUCUGCAUAGGACGGACCCCAACCUGUGGACAGAAUUAGAGGCGGCAGCGAGGUCUCCCCUAUGCAGCCCAGCGCGAAGUCAUCAUAUCAUGGCUCACCAACUGGCCGCGGCACAGCAGCAUCACCUAUUUUGGAACACGGCGAAGGAAGAGGAGUGUCG